GGAAGGCAAGAUGCCGCAGGUAAAGCCCGUGAACCAGUAGUCCUUCAAGGUGCUGGAGAGUAUAAACUCAUUCGCAGGCUGCUCUGAACAUGGGCGUGCUGAGGAAGUCUCUGUUCCUGCUACUUGCCUUACACAAUGCUGUGUACGUGCGUAGCCAGUCAGAUGUUCAGACAUUUCUCAACGCCUUUUGUACAGCGAAUCGAAAUAAUACUGGCUGUUCUAGCAAGCCCCUCGUGACAGAGGGAGGAUCCAUCCCCGGGGUGGGCCAAGGCAGCAAUGUGGCGUGCCUGCCGGGGACGAAAAGGUGCACGCAACUGCCGAAUCUGUGUGUGCCUUCAGACAUCCCCUGCAGUGCCAUAGGAUCCGACAGGUCUUGCGAGCGGCCGAAAGCGAUCAACACGGAGCAGCGCGUCCUCGUGUGUGGCGACGGAAGCAGACCGGGCACCGUCUGUGGCACCCCAAGCACAUUACCCCUACUGACUGUGCUGAUCGUGCAGUGUUUCGCGGAUUAUGAUAUCAAAGUCCAGAAAUUAGGCGGAGAACGCCAGCUCCAGUCGCUCGGAGUGAUGGGAAAACCAGGCAGCAACAAGGGGGCUGGAAUUUACAUGUGCGACACAACCCUGUCCUGGAGACCUUUGUCAGGGUCGCCUCCUCUUAACGCCCUCCAGCCGUCCUGUUUGAACGCAGGAUGUGGCUACGUCCCCGAGCCUAUCCCAGACAUAGCUGUGGACCGCCGUUGGUCGUGGGUGCGGCUCCUGUACCGCAACGACCAACCCGCAUGCAGCCUCACCCUCGUCGCCAACCACGCAGCAAUCACCGCCGCACACUGCGUGACUAAGAACCCAGCUUCACGUGAAAUCCCUAACAUAGACGAAUUCAGUAUUGAAAUGCCAACAAACACAGUCAAGCCGAAAAACAUAUUCAUCCACCCGCAAUACGACCCGAAUUCCCGCUACGCCCACGACCUCGCAGUUAUUACUUUCAGUCCUCACUCUGACAACAUUCUGCCGACGGUGUGCAUCGCGGACGAAGCGGUCAUACCCUCCAGGGACAGGGAGCAAGUGAUUUUCGUGCUCGCUGAGAAUCGGCAGACACCCGAGUGGUACACCCGCCCCUCAAAAUGGAGUACGAACUGCCUGGGACUCUCCCCGUCGAACACCUUCUGUCGAGACCAGCUGGAUUUGAAGGAGAGUCAGUUCUGCGCGCAGUAUGAGGCAAUCGACAUCACCAGCGGUUCAUCGGGAGGACCUUACCUGGCGGAUAUCGGCACAGGAGUGGACGAGGUUUGGGUGAUGAUGGGCGUGCUUUCCACCGUCAACACAGUCUCCUCUUGUUCCCAGGAGCACCUCGUCUACAGCAACGUCGUGGAUGACGCGCAGUGGCUGAAGGAGUGCGUCUUUUACGACCGUUGCAAAACCCUCUUCUCAACUGUCGGUCAGGGUAGAUGAAUUCGGGGGCGCUUUUUCUCUACCUGUGCUGUAAUGUGCUGGCCGUUGUCUGAAUCGAAGCUUUGAUAUACAUGCGAAUGUACACACGUAAACACACAUAAGAGUAAAGUAUUUAGGCUUAAGUAUUAGUAGCAACGCCUAUACACAGAACGUAUGAAGAAGCAAUGCAUAUUUACCAUUUUAUCAAUAAAAUGAAUACUGUUGAA